UCUUUUUUUUUUUCUUUUUUUUUUGUACCCAAAAAAAGAAAAAAAAAUCCCUAAAUUUCCGUCGUAUGUAACGGAAUUAAUAAACAGCGUACGGUGUCAUCCGGCAAAUCGCCAUCUCUUCCUUUCGAUAUCGGAAACGCUUCCGGAGAAUCAUCGUCUAGCUGCGGCCUCAUUUUUUUUUCUUCAAAUUUGCGUAUCUACGGAGCUGGAAGCAGCAGCUUUUCUUCUUCUCCACCUCUUCCUCUUUCACCGGUCUGGUUAUCAAAGCCAUGGCUCUUGAUGGGAUUGUUGUAUCUUCACCAUCGAGGAGAACGCAGUCUCUAAAGAGGCAGUGGGAAGAUUUGGGCAGCUGCUCCACGGUUAUUAAGAGGCAUCGAUAUCUCUUAACAGCUUUGGUGCUUUUGGCCUUUCUCUGCACUGUUUAUCUAUAUUUUGCAGUCACGUUAGGCGCUAGGCACUCCUUGUGCUACGGCUUGACGGGUAAAGAGAAGGCAAUGUGUCAGUUACAACAUGUCCAAGCUCUCUCCAAAGGGAAGCUGAAAUUUUUCUAGAGUGUGUCAUCGAGAGCCAAAGCUGAACAACUCUCCAUGAUUGUUCUUGCUCUACUACAUUCUUUUUUUUUUGUGAUUUUAUUGUGACAUUUGUGUGUAUUAUAUUAUUAUUACAUGGUGAAAAUUCCAGAGUUUAUAAUCGAAAACAUAAUUCAUUUUUGUUCAUUAAUUAAAAAUAAAAAGAAGUUUCUUACACUUA